UCAGAUUUUCGCACUCCAGGGGUGCUUACAAUUGUGAGGGUGUGCAUUCUGUUUCUACUGAGACAGAUUGUCAUCUUUGAAAAUGCUCAAGCUUGUACCAAUUGUCAGGGGGAUGAAGACAAGUUAGGCGAAAACCAUACAUGCGCUAAGGAUUGGAUUCAGCAAGUGAAAGAUUAUUUACCAAAUGCUUUAGAGGGCGUCUCCAUGAUGGAUGUAAAGGCCAGAUGUGACAGAUUGUGCGGUUUCCUAAAUCUACCCCCCAUUCGUAACAUCGUCGGUCACGUGCAGGAAUGCCUCAACAAGGUAGAUUUCCAGCCAAAUUUAACGGUUCAAAACCAGGACUAUGAACUCUUGAUUGAAUUUUUGAACUAUUUAUAGAUGCGGAAGGGAUCUUCACACAAAAAAUGGAAUUGACUAUUACACCGCAAUUCUAUAACAUUAUUGCGAAUUUGGUCCAUUAUCUUACAAUGUAAGUAACAGUUCAAUUUGGAAUGAUUGUGUUGAACUUAAUUUUGUAUUGAAAUAUGAUUAUGUGUACAUCAAAAAUGAUAUCAAUUUAGAGGAACUGAAACGUCUAUUUUCAGCAAAAAGUUUCCACAUGAGACUGGAGAACGAGGAGGAAAACUUUUGCAUUUCCAAAAUGUGUUUAAGAAAUUUUUCACAAAAGAAGGGGAGCAUCUGAGAGGCACUUGAAAAGGGCUCCUUCCUAUCGGUAGAAGUGGAAAUAGGAACUGGCGUUAGACUUUUUAUAUCAAAGGGGGUUGUGCGUCUACAAUGACACACUGAGAAAAGAAAAUCUUUGAGGAAAUGACAGCUCCCUC